GCUACCUUUACUGUCGACCGCCAUGAGCGCUGCUGGAGGUACUGACGGACUCAAUGAUGUGUAUGAAGCUCUCGAGAGAUAUAGUUGGGACGACGAUGUCGAGUUCCAGGCGGGCCUGAGUGCCAUUCUCGGCAGUAAUAGCACGCCAGACCAAGCAGCCGAGCUGGCACUGAGGGCGCGUUGUUUCUACUACGCAAGAAAAUUCAACAUGAAUAUCGAUUUCGAUGGUUACAAAGCAUACCGCAACGCACGGGGCCGACCGCCGCCCACGCAACCUCUAAAUGGCACGCCGCCCCUAGUAGUGCCGGGCAAUGAAGCUCCAAGUGGUAUUAUGCCAACGUCUUCGAGCGCGAGUGAAUCUCCUGCUCCAUACCCAACAUCAUUUGCGCAUAUUGUCGAGCUCAUUACGAGCGGACAGCCGGUGCCUGGCAUUCGGGAGAUACCCAGCACUGUCCUUACUGGCCAAGGCACAGAACCCGUGAAAGCACACCGCAAGAAGCCUUGGGAGAAGGAUCAGGUGUCAGGAGCAUUAGGAGAUCGUGAUUAGACGAGUAUGAUAUGAUUCGGGAAAUGCAAAAGCGGAACGUGUCCUUGAGGUCACGAACCUGCUACCUACAGUUAAACAACAAACGACCAAUAAAUAUGUCUAAACACCGGGGUAUAUAACGAACCAACCCA